AUGGAAUCCCAAACACCCCCGCCGCAGCUUCUUCCAGAAAGCUUUCGAACAGACGUCACUGAAGUCAAUCAACGCACUUCCUCUCUUCUAAGAGUCCGAUUGCAAGCGUUGCUCUACUGGAUCCCGAAGAUUGCUUCCGUCAAACCAGUAAUUACUAUCUGCACAAUUGCGGCUGUCGCUAGCGUCUGUUACUCUGGGCUCCUCGAGGAGACUUUUAUUGAUCCCAGCACUUCUCGUACAAGUUCUUACUGGUCGAACCAAUUGGAAAAAAGCAGCACCUUCGUGGCUUACGCUGAAGAUGGGUGGCAGUGGCGUACCCCCGACCAGGCAGCAUUCUCCAGAGUGAAUGACACCUUUCUUGUCGAUCAACGCCUGUCUGUCUUGAGAUUGGUUCUUCCAGAGUCUCAAGAAGCCAAGACUGAAAAUCUGAACACACUCCUGUCUGCAUCUCUCGAGGGCAAAGGUGUAACGCCGAGGAUGAUGCAUGUUCCAGCCUUCCCAAGACUAGGGACAAACCUCGAUAUUAUCGUACCAGAUUCGCAAGCCAUCACCGCUUUCGAAGCUAUCGAACAGCUGUCUCCUGAGCCAAACGAAGAGCAAGGGAGCGUAACUCGAGACACAUGGGUGCCCAUCAUAUCGAGAGAACCCCGGAGAAAGACACUGCAACACUGGACCAGAGACUCCUGGCAAGAGUUCCGCAAGCUAUUUCAGCAUGCACAAAAUGCCGACAUCUUCAUGAUGUGCGUCUCAUAUGGCACUGCGAUGGUACCAUUCAUACAUUUGUUUUUGUCCAUGCGUCGCCUGGGCUCGAACAUUUGGCUGGCCGUAGGAGCACUAUUCUCUUCCGGUUUCGCCUUUCUCUUCAGCCUGUUUGUCACCGCAAAGGCAGAAGUACCAGUGACCUUGCUCAUUCUUGCCGAAGGCACGCCGUUCUUUAUUAUUACAGUGGGUUUCGAGAAAUACGUUAUGCUGGCGCGAUCUGCAUUCCACUACGAGCGUUUGUCGUAUGGUGGAGACGACUGGACAGAUGCUGGCAAGCCAGGAUCGUCUAAGCCGGCGCCUACCUCGUCUUCGGCAUUAAUGUUAGCUGUCAAAGACACUGGAUUGAAGUUGUUGGCAGCAUACGCCGCGGAGAUUGGAGUCUUACUGCUGGGCACAGUGCCAGGAGUAGCGGAAGGUCUCCGAAACUUCUGCAUUUUUGCGAUAUGGACGCUGUUCUUCGAUCUACUGCUCUUGUUUACGUUCUUUGUGGCAAUUCUGAACAUCAAGUUGGAUGUACUCAAGCUUAAGCAAUACCUCGAUACGAGAGAAGUCCUAGAAAAUGAUGGCGUGGACACUCAGGUGGCCGAGAGUGUCGCGCAAGUGCAGAAUCGCUACGACUCAAGUCCUUCCAACAUUUUUAUGUCGCGAAGGCGCAUCCCGGCCUUCAAGAUCAUUAUGGUCGUGGGCUUCUUUCUUCUCAACGGACUCAAACUCGUGACAGUGCCUUUCAAAAGCAUCAGUCCAUUGGCCGAUUACUUGCGAGAGGACCUGGUCAACACUGAGAUACUGAAACAUCACGCUGAAGUCCUGGAGAGAAUACUUUCAGAAUCAUACAACAUAAGCCACGGUAUCGCAGCGACAAUUUUCCCGCCUAUACAUUGCGUCUCCUUGGACGGAACUGACGCUAUGGCUCCGACCAAAGACUUUUGGUCACUUGUUGUGAGAAUUGCCGGAAUAACACAGGCCUUUGAGAACCCAUUACUAUCAAAAUUGCUGCUGGCAGCUUUGACGCUGAGUGUUGCCUUCAAUAGCCACGUUCUUCGUACAGUGUCGGGAGAAGGGAACGGCUACAAGCAGGUCAAACCAGUCGAUGCGGGGGACCUCGAUCGCGCACAGAGGUUCAAUUCCGUCGAAUCGAUCGAAGAUGUUAUGACGAUAGCAAAGCAGCCAACACGGACUGACCACAUUUCACACCAGAGCCAGGAGAUAGACACGGAUGUAUCAACGGCUGUUGAUCGACCUGCAACUGCACGAAGUCUGGACGAGAUGGAGGAAAUAGCGCAAGCCGGCCGCCUUGGGGAGCUCGAUGAUGAUCAGAUCGUCACUUUAGCGCUGCGUGGAAAGAUAGCAGGACAUGCGCUGGAGGCCAAGUUGGGAGACUUCGUCCGCGCGGUGAGGAUCCGGCGCAGUGUUAUUGCACAGUCUCCUGCCACAGCAGAUUUGACUGCCAGCCUUGUGCGCUCGAAGCUACCAUACCAUCACUAUGACUGGAAAAGAGUCCUUGGAGCAUGCUGUGAAAAUGUCAUAGGAUACAUGCCUGUCCCUGUUGGUGUAGCAGGUCCUAUAGUUGUCGAUGGCAGAAGUUACUUCCUACCCAUGGCUACGACCGAAGGGGUUCUAGUAGCAAGCACCAGCCGUGGUUGCAAAGCAAUCAACGCAGGUGGAGGUGCAAUCACGAUCAUCACGAAUGAUGGUAUGACUAGAGGCCCUUGCCUUCGAUUCCGGUCUUUGGGAAGAGGAGGAGCUGCAAAAGCUUGGCUUGAUUCUAGCGCAGGGUACGCAGCCAUGAAGAAAGCUUUCGAGUCGACCAGCCGAUUCAUUCGACUGGUGUCCAUGAAAUCAGCCCUCGCAGGCACAGAGCUAUUCGUUCGCUUCAAGGCGACAACUGGCGAUGCUAUGGGCAUGAAUAUGAUAUCUAAAGGCGUAGAAUAUGCAUUGAAGUCGAUGAUGGAGGAAGGCUUCGAGGAUAUGGAAGUCGUCUCCGUGAGUGGUAACUAUUGCACUGACAAAAAAGCGGCGGCUAUCAACUGGCUGGACGGCAGGGGUAAAAGUGUAGUGGCCGAAGCUGUCAUCCCCGCAGAGGUGGUCAAGGCCGUCCUAAAGACUGACGUGGAAACGAUGGUACAGCUCAACAUCUCGAAAAACCUCGUCGGAUCUGCAAUGGCAGGCUCCGUUGGUGGCUUCAAUGCUCAUGCUGCGAAUAUUGUCGCAGCUCUGUUCAUUGCGACAGGUCAAGACCCGGCACAGGUGGUGGAAAGUUCCAAUUGCAUUACCACAAUGCACAAUGUCGAAGGAUCACUUAAAAUAUGUGUCUCCAUGCCAUCGAUCGAAGUUGGCACACUUGGAGGAGGCACGAUUUUAGAGCCCCAGGCUGCCAUGCUUGAUAUGCUGGGUGUUCGUGGACCCAGCCCGGACAACCCAGGAGAAAAUGCCAGGCAGCUUGCGCGUCUCAUCGGCGCAGCAACUUUGGCUGGAGAAUUGUCCUUGUGCAGUGCCCUGGCGGCGGGUCACCUGGUCAAAUCACAUCUUCAACAUAACCGAUCGAAAUAA